AAGAAGAAGAAUAUGCGAAGGAAAGCGUAGAGAAUCUGUGUCUGCCGUGUUUGCUGGUCUUUAAAUUAAUCCUUAUUCUCUCUUCUUCGGUUUUCUGUUUUUCAAUUUCGCGAAUCUGUCUUGAUUUCUGAAUUCGAUACUUUUAUUUAAUUCCACUCAAUCGAAGACAAUCGCGCACAAGCCACAACUGUUAUAGUCGGGAUUCGAUUAGUUUUGGGGCUUAGGUUUGUUUAUUGAAGACCAACAUGGGAGCGGAUGGCGAUUCGAGCGACUCAAAACUCGCUGCUACUGGCUGUGGUGAAGAAGAGGGAGUGACGAUUAACAUUCGGUGCUCCAACGGUUCCAAAUUUACGGUGAGGACGACCCUUGAAUCGACUGUUGGGGCUUUCAAGGUCCUGUUGGCGCAGAAUUGUGACAUACCAGCUGAACAGCAGAGGCUGAUUUAUAAGGGUCGCAUCUUGAAAGAUGAUCAAACCCUUGAAAGCUUUGGUUUGCAGGGUGAUCACACUGUUCACAUGGUUCGCGGUUUUGCACCUGCUUCAUCAGCACCACCACCUGCUGCUACCGCAGUUAAUGCUGGAACUCCAAACACUGCGCCAGGUGUUACCCGAGGUGUUGGUUCGAAUGAUGGUGGGGGCUUUGGAAGUACUGACCUUGAAGCAUCACUGUUUCCUGGACUUGGCCUUAAUGCACUUGGUGGUGGUGGUGCAUCUGGUUUAUUUGGUGCUGGACUGCCAGAGUUCGAACAAGUUCAGCAACAAAUGACUCAGAACCCCAACAUGAUGAGAGAUAUAAUGAACAUGCCUGCCAUACAGAAUCUUAUGAAUAAUCCUGAGUUAAUGCGCACAUUAGUUAUGAACAAUCCACAGAUGCGCGAGAUUAUUGACCGAAAUCCGGAGCUUGGACAUAUACUGAAUGAUCCUGGUAUUCUCCGACAGACAGUGGAAGCUGCUAGAAACCCUGAACUCAUGCGUGAGAUGAUGCGAAACACUGACAGGGCUAUGAGUAAUAUUGAAUCUUCUCCUGAGGGUUUCAAUAUGCUCAGGCGCAUGUAUGAAAAUGUUCAUGAACCAUUUCUGAAUGCCACAACAAAUGCAGGAAAUGACUCGGGCACAAAUCCAUUUGCAGCUCUACUGGGAAACCAAGGUGGCACACAAGUCAGGGAUGCAUCUAGAUCUAACAAUCCUUCAACUCAUGGUUCUGAAACAACUACUGAGCACAAUGUUCCUAAUUCAAACCCGCUUCCCAAUCCUUGGAGCAAUACUGGUGGGGGGACACAGGGAAACACUACCACAAGGUCAAGCCCUACUGGGGAUGCAAGGAUACCGGGUGUUGGUGGCCUUGGGGGACUUAGUUUUCAAGGGUCAGAAAGCACGUUUGGAGGCAUGCCAGAUGCUGCUCAGAUGAACCAAUUAUUGCAGAAUCCGGCUGUGUCACAGAUGAUGCAAAGUAUGCUCUCCAAUCCCCAGUACAUGAAUCAGAUACUUAAUUUCAAUCCUCAACUUCGUGGAAUGAUGGAUUUGAAUCCUCAAUUGAGAGAAAUGAUGCAGAACCCUGAGUUUCUUCGUCAGUUAUCUUCCCCUGAAACAAUGCAGCAAAUGCUUGCUUUACAACAGUCCCGUAUGUCUCAAAUCAAUCGGCAGCCAUCAUCCCAGGAACCCACACAGCCAGGUGCUACUACAGGAGCACCCAACAGUAAUGGGUUGGAGUUGUUGAUGAACAUGUUUGGCGCUCUUGGAGCUGGUGGCUUGACAGCUCCAAACCAGCCUGAUGUACCACCAGAGGAACUCUAUGCAACUCAGUUGUCUCAGCUACAAGAAAUGGGUUUUUUUGACACCCAAGAGAAUAUUAGGGCUUUGCGUGCUACUUCUGGGAAUGUCCAUGCUGCAGUUGAACGCCUUUUGGGAAAUCCUGGACAAUGAAGUUUUAAAUUUCUGUGCUUUUAAACUUGCAGAAAAUCUCAUGGACUUGUAGGAUUAGUCAAUUUGGACAGUGUCAUCCUCAGAAGCAAGCUAUGCCAACACUUGCAGAAAUCCAUUUCGGCUGUGUUCAAUAAACAAGUGCACACCUUAUAUAGCUGUGAACCUGUGGAUAUGAGCUUAUUUAUGCAUACUGGAUUUAUUGGCUCCCAUCUCUUAUCUUUCCCCCUUUACAUACAAUGUUCUAUUUGACUAGUUUUGUGAGGGCUGUUAAUGAUGUGUACCAUCUUAAUAGAUAUAUUUAUACAUGUGAAAUUGAAUCUUGUCUUGUGCA